CUUAAAGUAGUUCAUGUCCCCGGAAAAUCUUCCGUCUCAGGCGUUUUUCUUUGUUUCACUCCCUGCUUUCGCGUUUGAGGAACGCUCAGGAACUGUCAUCACCUUUCUUCUCAAAGCUCGGCCCGUGCAAAGACGCGGUUCUUUUGAAUGCAGGAGUUCCAGUUGUAUCUAUGAACCCCACAUCGGAGAACAUAAAUACAGUCGUUUGCUAAGAAGAAUUGCAAUUGAAGAAAGUAUGUCUCACUUACCAACUGGAAAAGCCACAUGGACGCCUGCCUUCCACAAAAUAUUUCUUGAUCUAUGUAUUGAACAAACGUUAAAAGGGAAUAAGCCUGGGACGCAUUUUACUAAGGAGGGUUGGAGGAAUAUCGUCGAAUCAUUUUAUGAAAAGACUGGUUCUAGUUAUGAUAAGAAACAAAUGAAGAAUCACUGGUCAUUAACCAAGGAACAAUGGAAAGUGUGGGUUAAGCUAAUUGGUGAUAGUAGUAUGAAAUGGGAUCCAGAAACCAAGCUAUUGGGUGCUAGCAGGGAAGACUGGGCUAACUAUAUAAAGGCAAACCCAGAAGCUGCACAAUUUCGAUUCAAGGAACUCCAGUUUACUGACAAAUUGGAAAUUGUUUUUGAUGGAACAAUAAAUGCUGGAGACAUGAAAGCUUCGACUAGGCGUAAGAGGAAGAAUGGUAGUUUGACCUCCUCCCUUUUGCGCAGUAAAGAGCAAAGAAUAAUGUCACCGGAUACGAAGACUGAGCAUCUAUGUGAUGAUGAAACGAGAAGUGCUCUUAUGGUUCAGUCUACUCAGGGCGCAACAAUUGCAAGUGAACAAAGUAUGUCUAGCUCAUCCCCUCGAAAGGCAAAAGCCAUUUGGAUGCCUGACUCCCACAAAAUAUUCAUUGAUCUAUGUCUAGAACAGACAUUAAAGGGGAAUAAACCUGGAACACAUUUUACUAAGCAGGGUUGGAGGAGCAUUGUUGAAUCAUUUCAGAAAAAGACUGGUCUGGAUUAUGAGAGAUUACAACUAAAGAAUCAUUGGGAUAUUACUAAGGAACACUGGAAAGUCUGGUCUAAGCUAAUUGGCACUACUAGUAUGAAGUGGGAUCCAAACACCAAUAAUUUUGGUGCAAGUGAAGAAGAUUGGGCAAAUUAUUUACAGGCAAACCCAGAAGCUGCGCAAUUCCGCUUUAGGGAACUUGAGCUUGCUGACAAACUGGAGACCAUCUUUGAUGCAAUGACAAUUACUGGAGAGUCCGAACCUGCUAGUCAGCGUAGGAAGUAUAACGAUGCUUUGACAACAUAUUGGUUACAUAACAAAGAAUCAGUUGUACUGAAGCCAGAUGAGAAACCUGAGCCUCUCUGUGAUGCUGUUGAAUCAAGAGAUGCUGUAAUGAUUCAGAGAAGUGCUCAAAGAGUUCCAUCUACACAAGGCAAACUCAGUUACAGUAUUGGGGAGUGCAUCGACUGUCUUGAUGGGAUGGAGGAAGUAGAACAAGGAAGUGACCUCUACUUGUUUGCCUUGGACAUAUUCCUGAAGAAGGAAUACAGGGAAGUUUUUCUUCAACUUAAGAAACCUAGUGUAAGGAUUGCAUGGUUGCAGCGCUUACAAUCACUUGGUCCACCUUUGUAAGACGGUGCUUGUCAUGUAUCUAUUUCUCUUUUACUUUGGUACGGAUAAUAGGUAGUUUUUGGAUAUGACCAACAAUUAUAAAGUGGUUGUUCUGUA